GAAAGGAUGUUCAAAGUAAAAUCUUCCUUUUCUUCUUGUUCCCUUUCCAAGGCCCUUCCCUUUUCCUUUCGAAAGUUUAGCGUCACUCUCCUUCGAACGAUCUCUCUUUGUGUAUUUAACGCAACACAAGACCACGUGAUUUCGAGCGUUCCUUCUAAUCUUUUCUUUUUCUUCUUCUCCUUCUUAUUUUUUUUUCUUCCUUCUUCUCCUCUCCUCCUCCUCCUCCUCCUAUUUCUUUUCUCUAUUAGAACGAUCUCAGCUCGAGGCUAUGCGCUUUGGAGCAUGAGGAGGUGGAUAGUAGUACAAUACGACCUAUGACGGUGUGUGAGAUAAGCCUGAAGCGAGUUUUUUUUUUGACAGAAGAAACGAAGUAAAAAAAAAAAAAAGAGAUAGAUGGAUAGAUAGAGUGCCAAGUUUUAGCCGAGUUUUCUUAGAGUUUUUCAACGGUCGUGCUUCUUGGUGUCCUCGCAGCUGGUGCGCGUGCAGCUUUGUUCCUUGUGAACAAGGAAGAAAAUAAGGGUGAAAAAGAAAAAGACAGAAGAAUAGGUCAAAGGAUACUAAACUUUACUUGCACGGACUGCUUAUAUUCAUUCAAGAACACGCGGCCUGAAACUGAAAGCGUGACUUAUGAACGCCAACCGAGAUAAAGGAUCUUGAUACGAAUUUGUCGGAGCUUGGCUUUUACGUGUUAACGUCGAAAGCAAAUCAUCUCAAAACAUAUGUCAAAGCGUUUGAAAAAACCAAGUGGGCAGAAAGUAAUCCACCGUCGGUAUUCACUUUGACGCUUCUGCCCGCCCACGUAAAGACAUCGACAACAUUUACGAGGAAGGUUUGGAACCUUGGACGGCUGGUAUCAAGAGCGACACAUUGAUGCACCGACUAUCGAUUCGUGGCAGCACCAACGGUGAGGAGACAGCGACGACCCACUGGCAAGGAAAUUUCGAUAGACAAUUCACCUCAAAGGAAGUGGCACUAUCGUUUGGUUAGAAGGACGUUUCCAGUUUACUCAGACCGAGUAAAUUCUCAGGAUGGAGUUGACAACGGCGAGGUUGUUACUCUACUUGAUGCUGACAAUGGUGGCCAUGUGCCGAGGACAAGACGUCGUGCAAGACUGGAUGCAGUGCACGACGUCGUCGUGUAAAUGCAAAUGGGUGUCCGGUAAGAAGACGGCCGAGUGUAUGAGGCAGAAUUUAGCGCAAGUACCGCAAAACUUGUCGUCGGAAAUUCAGAGUCUUGAUCUCACCGGGAAUCGAAUACCCCACUUAAUCGAAGACAUCUUCAAACUGAACAAUCUCGUAAAUCUUCACAAACUGGUACUGCGAGAAUGCGGAAUCGAGACGGUUCAUCCUAAGGCAUUCAGAGCACUGAAGAUCAUAAUCGAGAUUGAUCUCUCAGCUAACAACAUUAAAAUGCUCUAUCCGGGUACUUUCGUCGAGACCCUACGACUCAGAGUACUACUCUUGAAUCAGAACGAAUUGAAGGUCCUAGAAGAUGGUUUGUUCUACAACUUGACCUUUUUACAAAAGGUCGAGGUAUCCGAUAAUGAUUUGGAAGGAAUCGAGAAUAAGACUUUCCGCAAUUUACCUGGACUACAGUCACUCACCUUAGAUGGGAAUAAUCUAAGCUUACUUAAUCUUCACAGUUUCGAGAAUUUACCAAAGUUGAACAGUCUCGAGCUUCAGAAUAAUCCUUGGAAUUGUAAUUGCCUACUCAAGACAUUUCGCGACUGGACGAUAGAGCGGAAAUUGUACACGAAGCCUACUACUUGCAAGAAGCCAGAAACUCUUGCUGGGAAAAUGUGGGACGAGGUAGCUAGCGAUGACUUUGCUUGCAGCCCGGAAAUAUUUGCUAUUGGACCAACGGGAAAACACGAGAUCGGCCAAGGAGAUGCUAAACUUUGGUGCAGAGCUACGGGUACUCCUCGACCUCAGCUCGUCUGGGUGUAUCGAUCAAAAAUACUAAAUAAUCAAAGCAGACGACUUAACGGAGAACGUGGCUAUAUUAUCGAGUCCAGCAACGAUUGGUUGAAUCUGACUAUCCCUGGCGUUAGUGCAUCUGACAAAGGUGAAUACGUUUGUCUUGCAAAGAAUCCAGGUGGUAGUGUAGAGAGGAAUGUAACUUUGAGUAUCGUGGGUGAUACUAUUGGUGGUAGGGAUAGUACGAUCAGCCUACCGUUAGCUAUAGGACUCGGUAUCGUAGCCCUUUUACUUUUUUUCGUCACGAUGACGCUUUGUGCUUGCUAUUGUCGACGACGUCGAAGUCAUCACGAUGAGAAAGGCUUGGAAGCAGCAUCUUUGGAACAUCACAGUCUGGGAGAACAAGAGAAGUCUCUAAUCACAACUAUAAAUACCAGCACGGUUAAAGCAGCCAGGCGAUACGAGGCACCUUCCGUGACGUCGCACGGCACCGAAAUGACGGAGCUGAACCGAACCCUUCUCGACAACGACUCGGUCUUCGCUGACGGUGUGGUCGGUAGCGGCGUGAUUGGCAACGUGGUUGGCGGAGGAUUGGACGAGGAAAGAGAAGAGGGUACGAGGACGACAGAAUUCGAUAACGGGGGCGCCGGUGGAACUUUAAGCCGUGUCGGAAAUACCACUUACCGACAGUAUCCGCCGGACCUGUUGGCUUUCUCCGGCGGUCGUGGCGCCUCGCCGACUAGUCAAGCUUCUACAGCACCAGACAACACUCGUCUUCCUAGCCAACAACAUCAACAACAUCAAUCGCAACAACAGCAACAACGACAACACUCAACCUCAAGUCCUACGUCUUUGGGCUAUAGCUCACCGCUUGGACAAUAUCCUGCAACUUUCAAGACUCUUCCUCAUAAUAGAAGCGUCACACCAUACGGGCUUGCAGGUUCUGCAGUGGCACCAGUUAUGCCUCGUCACGGAUACGUGACCAUUCCGAGAAGACCCAGAGCUCCCAGUUGGAGCAGCGGCCCACCGACAUCGCCUACGGACGUAUUAGAACCCGUCUAUGAUAAUUUAGGCCUACGUACUACAGCAGAUGGCAGCUCGGUGCUUUCCCUAAAUAAAAGUCCGGAGAGCGGACCUUCGGUCAGAGGAAGGCAGAUUCCUGGUACACCGACCUCACAUUAUGCGACCAUGCAACGAAGCACUCCCAACAUAUUAGCUGGAAGUUCGAACGCACUCGGUACCCUUGAUAGAUCGGCGCCCGAGGGUGCUGCCCCCGAGGCCAUUUCUGAUUGGUCCAUUAAAUUAGCUGACGAGACUCUCGAUAUCAGCUCUAGAUCCCUCGGGCUACAACAACAAGGUAACAACACGUUAGGUAGGAAAAUUCCACCGAGGCCACCUCCAAAACCUAAAAAGAAAUCGACCAAUGGACCUCUCUACGAGGAUGAGGAUGAGGACGGUACGGAAGUAUGAUCCUACGAAUAUAAUGGACGAUGAGGACGUCGGGUCUUCCUUCUUCUUCGUUCCCGCCACUACUACGUCGAGCCAUUUAACUCUAUCGAGUUGCCGACGAACUCGGGAAAGAAACCAAUAGUGCCUUCAUUCGAAGAUUUCGAUGAUUCUUCUUCCGACGCUAGUGCAAGUCAAUGCAAUUCUUCAUUCGGAAGAAGAAACGAUACUGCUGCGAUAUGACGAUGACGAGAGGACAACGAUUCCUCGUUUUAUCGAACGUCGAGCUGACGAGGAACGAAGAAUACGGAUUAUAUCUUGCGUGGGAUGCGAUUUAUUAUCGCUCUUUCUCUCGAUAUGUGUUUUUUUUUUCUUUUUUCCAUUUUCUUUCCUCCUUCCAUGUUAUUUUUCCGAUCGUAAUAUUUUCAUUUCUUUCAUUUUUCUAUUUCACAUUUCAUCGGCUCGUCCGAAAUGCGAGAGACCAGAACGAUUUCACGAUUAUACAUUUACGAAUAUUAUAUAUCGCGAAAUGUGUUGACCGAAAUUAUUGCAUACAACGUUGAUAAAUUCAUGAAAUCGAGAAGCAAUGAGUAAGUGAGAAAUAAUAGGAUAAUUUAGUUUUAAAUUUCUAUUAUCUUAUUCGAUAUAUAUUGGCUAGAAAUGAUAUCUAUUUGUUAAGAUAGAAAAUAAUUCUUCUGAUAUUUCCAACGAUAUUUUAUUUAUUUAUCGUGGUUUCUUAUUUUCAAAAGAAUCAAUCAAGCUUGGCUAACGUGAUGUCGAUUUAAUCCUAGAUGAAAGAUCGGAUUCGAGUCACCAACUCUAGAUUCUAUUCUUUAAUGUCCGUUCAACGUCUACUGCUCCAUUUCGUAAUCGACUAAGCAUUUCUAAUUUAUAGUUCUUCGACUUUAGAAGCUUUUUGCACUCAUGAAAGACUUAACAAGAUUGAGCAAAGUAUUUCAAACAUCUUUCCAAUUGAAGAACGUUUCAUAUUACAAAAUUAUUUCCAAUAUUUAACCUAUUUUUUGUUGCAGUAAGACAACUGGCAAAAAUAGAAUAAAAAUCGAAUCUUUUUUAAUAUUUCGGACUACUUGUAAGUCUUAUUAAGAAAUAAAUUUGUAAAAUUAGAAAAAAUAAAAUACGUUCUUCUAUUAAUCGGUGUUGUGCCACUUGCAACAAGUUGUACAAUGUCGGAUCGUAAAAAUGUUCUCUCUCAGGGUAAAAAGAAAAGGUGGAUAGACUCGAAGAAGAUGGUUUGAAAUAAAAUGCAACAAAACUAUAACGAUCUUUGGUGGUUCGUGGCCAAUAAAUCUAGUGUCAAAGAACGAACCUUCCGGAAAGAGUGGUAGGAAUCUGCCGUGUGAAAUACUGCUGGCAACGGUGAACAUCGUGUUAGCGAAAAAAGCUUUCCCGUAUUGCAUUCGAUCGCUGCUACGGAUUGCUAUCGUUUAUUUAGAAAACGCGUGAACGCGAAAGCUGAACGAACGAAACAGAAACAGAGAGAAGAAGAAGAAGAAGAAGAAGAAGAAAAAAAACUCGAGUUUUACCCUUCAGAGGUCGAAAUAAAACGGUCAAUAUCGUCGUAAGUUGAAGAUAAAGACGUAAAAAGGUAGACAGAUCGAAUGGCGAUAUACGAUAUUACGUGAUUGUACCUGAAUCUCGAAGAUCUCGUAGCUACGAUGACGAUAAAUUUCCAUUUUUAUCGGCCUUGAGCUGAAAAGUAAAGUCUCCGCAGUAUAUAUACACCUAUCUAUAUAUCGAAAUAUUUUCUUACUAUCCGAAUUGAUGAGUAUCGACUAUUUCUUCAAAUAUGCUAGUCGAAAGAUUUCCAGCUUCCUAUUGUCAUACAUAUUUAAUUUUACUUAAAUAUGUUUAUACGAAAUACGUUUCGUUUCUAUUUCUCACUUAUCUCAUUCGAUCGAUUACUCCUUUGCCUUUCACUAAAUACUAUAAUAUCAAUUUUCAACAUUCGUAUGUACGUAUAUACGUAUUAUUAGAUAAUAAAUAACACGACCCCUUCGUUUUCGACAUUGUGAAAAGAAUAAUAUUAGAUUAUGAAUCGUUGCAAAUUAGUCAUGUUUAAGCUCAAACAUUUAACUGCGGAAUAUUUGGGUUUUAAAUACAAAUGACUAAAAAAUUCUAUUCGAAAGAUCUAACUAUUCGCGAAUGCUGUACUUCCGAAACGUAACGCAUAACAUAUGGACAAUAUUAUGCAUUUGUUAUUUGAAAGUAAGUUAGCGGAUCGUUCGAUUAUUCUUUCCUUAAGAUUCUGAAAAUAAGCGAUUAACAUAAAUAAUAUAAUAUAAUAAACUCUAAGCGCGAAAAGUAAA